AUGGGCACUCGCGGGCCCCGCACGCUGGUGGACACCACGCCGGCCAAGACCAUUCUUGUGUACCGCAACGGGGACCAGUUCUAUGUGGGCCGAAAGUUUGUGAUCUCACGGCGCCGCGUGGCCACGUUCGAGGCGUUGCUGGAGCAGCUGACGGAGCAGGUGGCUGUGCCCUUCGGGGUGCGGCGCCUCUACACGCCCACACAUGGUCAUCAGGUGCUUGAGCUGGAUGCGCUGCAGACCGGAGCCAAGUACGUGGCGGCAGGCCGCGAGCGCUUCAAGAAGCUCGACUAUAUUCAUAUAGCUCCCAGAAGACCUUCCAAGAUGAGAAAGCUGAAGGAAAUCAAGCCUGUGGUGCAUUGUGAUAUAAAUGUGCCGUCCAGGUGGCAGACAUGUCAUCGAAUAUACCGUCAUAUAAAUGUUUUUACAAAUGGAAAGUUAUUUAACCCACCUAUAAAAAUUAUAAUACCCAAAUUCAGCCUGUCAGAUUGGAGUAGCGUGCUGGCCACGAUUGGAGAAAAAGUCUUCCCUCUUGGAGGCGUGCGGAAGUUAUUUACCAUGAAUGGACAUCUCUUGGACAACUCCAAGGAUUUGCAAGACAAUCAUUUUUAUGUCGCUGCAGGGCUGGAGAACUUUAAACACUUCCCUUAUUGGAGGUCCUCAAGAGUCCCCAGUGAUGUCCAACAGAGGUAUGCUGACUUGGAAAAGUGUCCACAGAGAAAGAAAAAAGUAAGUCCGACCAAAGAGUCUCCCAAAUGUGAUGAUGUUCCACCUGAAACAAAGGAUUCAGUUUAUUAUGCCAAAGAAGGAAAGAAGAAACCGUUGGUAGAGCCUCUCAUCCCGAGCGGCGCAGAAGGUGAUGUGUACAAAGCCCAGACUCCUGCCAAGGAUGUCCAAGGGGCUCUGGAUGUCAAGGAGGAUGCAGACGUGAAGGUGGAGGUGCCAGUGGACCAGGUUCCAGCUGAAAUGGUUAAAGAAGCUGACGAGGCACAUGACAGCAUCCCUAAUUUGGAAGGCAUCAAGGUGAGCUCGUUGUAUCUUGUCUCUGUGAUCUGGAUCUCAGUGCUUGCUCUUUGUCAUCGAGCAGGCGUUGGGACCAUCUGCCCCAUGCAGAUGACAUUAUUGUACUUCUGCCAGAAAUGA